CAGCGGGUUAACCCCAAUGCCAAUAAAAGGCUUGUGUUUAUAUCUCGACGGCCCCAUAUCCGCCAGCUGUGCCUGUCCAGCGAGCAGUUGGGAAAUCCGAGAGCCCCAUCUAUAAUGGGACUAUAAUUAGCUGGGACUCCGAGAAAAGCGAUGAAAAGCGAGAAAACUCGCACGAUCGGAGAGUUUCCGCUGCGGCGGCGGUCAGUUGCGUUUCGUUAAUCGGCGGAAUCGAGAGAGAGAGGAGAGUUGCUGCCCUAAGAACAGCCGUCGUCGAUAUGUCCAAUUGUCCAUCUGUUCCGCAGGAGAAGGAGGUGGAGGUGGAGAUGGAGGUGGAGAUGGAGGUGGAGGAAGAGCCGCCGCGAUCCUCGAAGCCAUCCAGCCAGAUGAGCAUCAGUGCCUCCACGCAGGAGUUGGCCGAGCUGAUUGACCUGCACCUGGGCGAACUGCGGCCCAAGGAUCCCGCCUGGCGGGUGGCCGACUCGCCCAUUUCCGGCAGGGGCAUCUUCGCCAGCCGGGACAUAGCCGCCGGCGAGGAGCUCUUUCGGGAGCACACGCUGCUGGUGGGCCCGACGGCGCAUCGGUCCACGAAUCUGCGCACCUGUACGCUCUGCUACCGGCUGAUUCCAGGCUCCACGGACCCGGAGGCCCUCUGUCCGGCCGGAUGUGGCCUGCCGGUGUGCUCCGACUGCCGGACAUCCCCGCGCCAUGACCUCGAGUGCAAGCUCUUCCGCAAAUGGCGGCCCCUGGAGAGCCAGCGCAUUGAACCGCGCGCCCUAAGGAUUCUCAGUGUGGUGCGAUGCUUCUUCCUGGACGAGCCCGCCCGAAAAUUGCUGUAUGCCAUGCAGGCCAACAUGGAUCGGUACUACAUGCAGGAGGUGCAACGGGCGGCCGACUGCUUCGAGCACUUCCCGCGGGAGCAGGACAUGCUGGACUACUUCUACCGCACCAUCUGCGCCUUCAACACGAACGCCUUCGAGAGCCGGAGCAGCGUGGACGGGCACGAGGUGCUGGUGCGGGCCCUCUUUCCGCUGGCCGGGCUGCUCAACCACCAGUGCACCCCGAACGCGGCGCACCACUUCGAGAACGGGGAGACCAUUGUGGUGUGCGCCACCGAACGGAUUCCGGCCGGUGGCGAGAUCACCAUGACCUAUGCCAAGUUGCUCUGGUCGACGCUGGCCAGGAAGAUAUUCCUCGGCAUGACCAAGCACUUCAUGUGCAAGUGCGUUCGCUGCCAGGAUCCCACGGUGAGUGCUGGCCCAUUAUUGGGCCCCCUGAUUAUUCGAUUUGUUCGGAUUUCUCUGCUUUGCGAAUGGGGCGAACUGCAGUUCAAAAAUGGGAGCAUGUGAGUGUCGCAAUCGCCGAGAAGUGCCUCGAAAAUAGCUUCAUCGGCUGGGCCGUAAAAAUGUCACAUCACAUGGGCGUACGCAGAGGGGUUUAUUUUUGGCCUAGCAAGUGAAGUUUCUCGGUAGCUCCUGCUAAAUUCUAAAAG